AUGGUGCAGCAAGCAACUCAUAAAGUAGAGCAAGAAAUUCUACAUUUUUUAAGUCCAAACCAGAAAUUCUUCGGCUGGAACUUUAAGAAGCAGGAUACAGUAGCUCAAUCAACAGCAGAGUAUGAAUGUAUUGCUGCUGCUACUGCCAUUAAUCAAGCGAUAUGGAUCAGAAAGGUUGCUGAUGCUAUGAUCAAGUCUCUGUCCAAAGGGAACUUUGAAUCACUCAGAAAAUGCUCAGUGUUUCCCGUAAAAAUGCCAAGGAAGAGUGUUGAGAGAUAUGACAUUUUUGCUGUCACUCUAGCUUGGGGGCCUUGCCCUGUCAUGAAAGAGACCUGCCUGCUGCAUGCUUUUGUAGCAAUUAAGCUGCUUAAAGCUCAGGGAGGGCUUGAUGCCAACUCUGUUGUUUCAAAAGAGGUUGAAGCGUUAUCAAGACUAUCACUGUAUGUUGUGCCCUUGCUUGGCCACUGCUUGGAAUUCCAAGGGAAGCAUUCUGAGACGUUGCUGGUCUUUGAAUACAUGCCUAAUGUAGGAGCUGUGAGGGGCUUAGAAUAUCUUCAUGAUGCGGCUGCUCCAAGGAUUUUGCACAGAGAUGUCAAAUCCACAAAUAUCCUCCUGGAUGAAAACUGGAGAGCAAAAAUUACUGAUCUUGGUAUGGCUAAACGUUUGAAAGCUGAUGGUUUUCCCAGCAGUUCCAGUUCUCCAACAAUGCAGGGCACUUUUGUCGUCUAUUUUACACCAGAGUAUGAAAUGGUUGGGGGCGCGGGGCGUCUCUCAUGUCAGACGUUUUCAGUUUUGGGUAGUUCUCCUUGA